CGAUAUUUUGGUCUUUCUUCGUUGCUAGACGUGAUGAGAUCUGUUAUAUUUUUAAUAAAACUAUCGGGAAGUUCAAUAAUCGAGCCAUUUUGAACGUACUCAGCACCUAUAAGUGGGAAAAACUUGUUCGCCCAUUUUCAAACCUUUCUGUAAACUUUGAAGAGUUUUUGCCCUCCAGUAGAGUAAGGACGUUUCCUCUUUUGCGCGACACACAUUUGAUUUCGGAAGACGUAGAACCGUCCUGUUUUCUGGACUAUAAAUAACCAAUGUAUUGUUUCCUUCACCGCGGUAAAACCAUUUUGAAAACAAGAAAAUUUCUUCCAUACUAAUUCUCUCCAAUUUUCUAAAGAAAAAAAGCUCUAAAGGAAUAAAAUGACUAAUAAUUUUGAAAUUGAGGAGUUUAAAAAUUAUAAGUAACUUACAUGACGUUCUGCCGUACAUAUCACUGCUGUCUAGUAGUUGUGCGGUUGCUGAAAAUCCAACAUGGUGGCCAAGAAGAAAGAAAGUAUUGGCAAAAAACGAAAAAAAGAUUUAAUAAAUCCGCGAUCAGUGCGAAACGAAGAGUAUUUAACUAUAGAGAAUGUUACAAAAGCUGGUGGAAAUCAGAUUUUGAUGUCCUCAAAAACGUUGAUGAUGAUGAAGAUGUCGUUGUGGGUGAAGAAGAAUCUGAUCACACACCUGAAGUAGAGAAAAAUGAGGUACAAAGCCUUAUUAAAGAACUUGGUCUCAGUGAAACUAUUUUUGACAAAGAAGAGUCGGAUGAGAAGGAAAUCAUGCCGAAUAGUGAACCACUAACCAAACAAAGCAGAAAAGACAAAAAGGCCAAAAGGAAGACAUGCAAUGUCAAGACAACUGUCCAGAAAAGUAAAGAUGACUGUCUUUACCCAACAUUUCAAAGCCGACUGCUAUUUCCACCUGUUGGACGAUGGUAUGAAGAGGAUUUAGCUAGAUCGGCUUUUACAAAAAAUCAAUCUGAAAAAUUUCAAAGAACUUUUGUGGAGACGUUGAAAAAAACUGCUGAAACAUUAUUGGACAAUGAGUCAGCACUUUACAAAACAGAACAUGAACGAAGAAAACCAUCGGAUGUUGAAUGGUUGAAAACUAUUGCUAAUUCUGGAACACUUGGAGAUAAAAUUGCUGCAUUGGCUUUACAAAUUCAGGAAUCUCCAUUACACCACAUUAGGACACUCGAUGUUUUACUUGGUAUGGCAAGUAAAAAAGGAAGGAGAGAAUCUAUCUUGGCAAUUGACACUCUGAAGGAUUUGUGGCUGAUAAACCUGCUGCCCGAUGAUAGAAAACUAAAAAAUUCUCUGAGGUGACUUUUCGCUCUUAUUCCUGUGAAAGAAAACCGAGCAAAUAUAGAGGCCUGGAACAAGAAAUUGAUCUUGUGGUAUUUUGAAGACCAAUUAAAACAGCGAUACGAAUCAUUUGUUUGCGGACUUCAGCGAUUGUUGCACGAUAACGUUGAAAAUGUGCGUAAUAAAGUCGUUGGAGUUGUUUACGAAUUACUUUGUGAAAAACCAGAACAGGAGAAGACUUUGUUAAUGUAUCUGGUGAACAAAAUUGGUGAUCCUAAUCGUAAGAUUGCAUCAAAAGCCAGUCAUUUACUUGGAUGCUUGGUGCAAAAGCAUCCGAACAUGAAGAAAGUUGUAAGCCAAGAAGUCGAGCGUUUGCUUUAUCGACCUAAUGUGGGUUUGAAGGCACAAUAUUACGCCGUGUGUUUCUUAAAUCAACUAAUACUGUCAAAGAAAGAGAGUCCUUUAGCCAGUAGCUUGGUGUCUGUAUAUUUCAGCUUAUUCAAGGCUUUUGUGGAUAAGGGACAAGUUGAGACUAAAAUGUUGAGCGCUCUUCUCUCAGGCGUAAACCGAGCCUUUUAUUAUGUUCAAGACGAUGAUGACCAAUUUAGUGAACAAGUCAACAUGCUUUUCAGGAUCGUCCAUGUCACUCCAUUAAAUACGAGCGUUCAGGCCCUUAUGUUGCUGUUUCAAGUAAUGGAUUCCAGACAGUCAAUAUCUGAUCGUUUCUACCAAGCACUUUAUGCAAAACUUCUUGAUCCACAUCUUAGAAGCUCCUCAAAACAGGCGAUGUUUCUCAACAUUAUUUAUAAAUCGUUGAAGAUUGAUACUUCAUUAAAACGCAUAAAGGCUUAUGUGAAACGCCUUCUUCAAGUUUCUUUAACUCAACCACCAACAUUUGUCUGUGGUGUAUUGUACCUACUGUCUGAGGUUGGAAAAAUUAAACCUGGAAUGAAAACGUUGAUAACCCAACCAGAGGAAUCUGAUGACGAGGAACAUUUUAUCGAUAUUAGUGAUCCAACAGAAUCCCCAGAUGCGCCUUUAUCUUCUCGUGAUGACGUCACUAAGGAAAGAAAAGAUGUUACUCAUGUGACAUCAUCGCAAGGACAUGUGUUCGUUAGCGAUUCCCGUACACGUGGUUAUCAAGCUAACACGCGAAAUCCUCUCUAUAGUGGUGCUGAGAACUCAUGUUCAUGGGAAUUGAUGAAGUUAUCCGAACAUUAUCAUCCUUCUGUUAGACGUUUUGCUCAACACUUACUACAGGAUGAAAACAUUUCCUACGAUGGUGAUCCACUGUCAGAUUUCACGUUGAUUAGGUUUCUCGAUAGGUUUGUUUACAAGAAUCCGAAAAAGAAAUCUCAAGAUCAUGGUGGUUCGUUGAUGCAGCCAAAACAUGUUUCACAAAGGCAGUUUGAACAACCUGUGAACACUGCUGCGUUUUUGAACAAAAAAGAAGAAAAUAUUCGUGAAGAUGAAAUAUUUUUCUACAGAUAUUUCAAGGAAAAGGCGAAAGACGAUAAAGGGAAGAAAAACAUGGAAUAUGAGGAGCUAAAUGAAAACGAAGACUUAGAUAUGUUUGGCGGUGAAGAUGUGCAAUUGGAUUUUGUCAGAGAUUUUGCAAAGUCUAAAGUUAACAAACCAAAGAAAAGGAAAGAAGGCUCGGAAUCUGAGGAAGAAAGCAUGGACGGUGAAGAGUUCAACUACGACGACAUGAGUUUUUCUGAAGACGAGGAAAUGGAUGUUUUAAAUGAAGAAGACGAAAAAUACACGGACAAAGAUUAUGAAAAAGUUUUACUGGAAAAUCUUAGCUCGGAUGAAUUCAGUGAAGUGGAAGAUAAACCUACCGCACGAAAGAAGAAACCACGACCAAUGACUUCUGAAGACUCCUCUAUGUUUGCCGAUGCUGAAGAGUUUGCUCAUUUACUCGAAAGUGAAGGAAGUUAUGCUAAAGGCGGAAGUGACGAUGUAGACAUGCGCGGAGUAGAUUGGAAACAACAGCAUUGGGAAAUGAACAGAAUGCAUCAAUAUGCGUCUCCGCGACCAAAAAAAUUCAAAGGAGGACAUAAUCGUGGAAGAUUUUCGAAGAUCGCAGGACAAUCAAGGGGCGUGGAAAGUUUUCAAUCAAUCAAGGUCGAUCAUGGGCAAAGAAAGGCAAAGGAAAGCUAAUAGACCCGUUUAGAAAGAGAAAAUAUGUGAGUAAAACUUAGCAAUCGAUAGUAAAAUAUUGAUAUGUAUAACGUUUUUUCCCGUUGAUCGCUUUACGCAUAACGUAGUUCACUUGAAUAAUGGAGAAAGAAAUAUCUUAACCCAUGGGUGCUAAUCACAUUUAGUAUUUUGAAUUCCACUUUGAAUUCUUUUAUCGUCUUUACAAAAAACUAUAUGGAAAGAUGAUGUUGGCUAAAUAUUUCUGCCAAAUAUGUGACGUAAACAAUACCUCGUGAAUAUAACGUAAAUAAAUAUGACCUAAAUAAAUAUGGCAUAAAUUAUUAUCUACAAAAAAA